AUGAUCGACGGCUCGAGACGUCUGUCUUCGUGGAUGGAAGAAGAGGUUGUGACCGAGACGUCUGUGCGACGGUAUUGGAACCGCCAUGACCAUGGCGACAGCUGCUAUCUGUGGUUUAAAACUCACGUGCGUUCAUCAGAUGUGGUAGAAGCCACCGAACAUCGGAGACAAUACGAGUACAGCGUCAAUGGACGGAAGCGCGUGAAACCUGGAUCGGCCAUUACAACGUUAGGCACCAAAGUGGAUGUCAAUGGACGGACAGUGGCAAUAUUUAAAUAUAAAGGUGGACUGUACGCCAUCCAGAACGCGUGUCCCCACCAAGCUGCGUCGCUUCAUCUUGGUGAUAUCGAAGACAUUGACGGUACACCGUGCAUCUCGUGCCCUCGCCACAAGUGGCCCUAUUCACUGGAAGACGGUCUGUGCCUUCUUCCAGUCGAUUGCCGAGCAGAGUGCUAUCCGAUUUGUGUUCGACAAGAAAGAGAUGGCUCCGAGAUCGUCUAUGUGGGGUUUACAGCGAUCUCCGAUUCGUUGUUCCACGACGAUUCUUUUUAG